AUGGGCAACCCAACCCAGCAACCCGCCACCUCGGCCCCAGCCUACGUCCCGACACCGGACGCGAACCCAUCAGACAACUAUGUGGCCUCCGAUCCGCCCCCAGAAUACCGACAACACGUCAACCAGCAACCCACCGGUACAUCGAUGCCAAAAUACGGCGGCCCUGCGAUCAACCCUCCUCCUCCUCCCCAGAACUACGACGGCGGCUACGCACCUCCCCUCCAAGGCGGGCCCCAAAACUUUCAGCCCUACGGCACGCCGCUGCCUUCCCUGGGCCCCCACCCGGCGCCGGUCGCGUGUCCCGAGUGUCACGCCCGCGGCAUUACAUCGGUGGAGUAUACCUCGGGCGGCUUCACGCAUUCUCUAGCCGCUAUUUGCGGGAUUCCUUUGGCAACAUAUCAUCGCAGUGGUCGGACCGAGGUCCAUUGGCACCAGGCCUAUAAUGGCUAG